AGAAACAAUCAGAGCUGCGAGUCUAUCUGUUGACUUACAGCCGUUUGCGGAGUCCGGGGCUGGUAAAGUGCACGCGAUGGGGAAAAUAGAGUGGGCCAUGUGGGCCAAUGAGCAGGCUCUGGCAUCGGGACUCAUUCUGCUCACAGGAGGCAUUGUGGGGGUGGCUGGACAGUUCAGAGGCUGGCAGUUUGCUGCCUAUGCGAUUGCUGCUGGCGUGUUUGUUUGUCUACUUGAGUAUCCCAGAAGCAAGAGGGCCAAGGGUACAAGUGUGGCAAGAACGGGCCAGUACUGCUUGACCGUGUGUGUAAAAUCCUUUGGGCCACUGACAAGGAACUACUAUGUCAGAGCAUUUUUACAUGCUGGAAUCUGUGUACCUGGAGGUUUUAUGCUUGCUACUGUCCUUGGAUGUGUCUGCCUGGGCAUUGCCAGCCUCAUUUACCUUGCAGCAGCCAUCCGAGGUGAACACUGGGAGCCCAUUCUCCCAAGGAAGGACAUCAGCCGAAAGCCACCUGACAGCAUCAAGGAACCUCCUCAGAAUCCACCACCAAGACCUCCUCCUGACAUGCGCAGGAAACGAGUAGACGACCUGGAGGGAGCAGCCUAUGACAACCCCAUUCCUGUUGGCGAGUAACCAGUCCAGUGCCCCAUUCUCUGUAUCCAUCCCCCUGCCUGCCUGAGAUCUUGGUACAAUGAAACCCUUCAAAACCAGUCACAGUGGGACGUCCCCGGAUUCUGUGAUUCUGGGCAAAUGAAAAGUUUAGUGAGGCUUGUGACUGGUUGUUACUACAUGUUGGGUCCACACCUUCAUACCUCAACCUUUCAGAGAAAUAGCUUGAAAAUAAUGAAAUCUAACUGCUAAGUGGCAACCAACUACAAAAGUUGUCAAAAGACUAGGUGAUGUAGGUAUUUUUAUAAAAAGUAUAAACCAAUACCUGUUUUCUGUGCUAGCAACCUUACUGUGUAUUUCAUGGUGUGUUUCACCCACUUUUUUAUGUUGCCAUGCACAGAUCCUAUAAUGUAAUUCAAUACGUACCUACACUCUGUCUUUACCCCGUAUACUUUUGGAUUUCUUGAGGUCAACUCAUCACAGCGCUGUACAAUUUCAUAGCAUUAUUUGCUAGGAUUAUUUCAAUGUAUUGGAUUUUGGCUGUGUCAGAGUAUUGGGCACUUAAUGUUAUUUUGUGUCUGUGCUUUGAUAUCUUGUAAAUAAAUCCCUAUUUGCACCCAAA